AUUACGCAACCCGGCGACCGACGUUUAUCUAUCAUUGUCAAAAAUUGGUUUCUCAGGAAAUCUAACGUGUAGUCAGCUUUGAUUAUAUUUUGUGACGUAGUUUUGAAUAAUUAUUUGGACACAUUUUCCCUUUCUCCAAUCACGAUUCGGGAGUGCGCCUGUGCCUUCGAUAAGUGCGUAAAAAACAACUGCAAUGGCCGCCACAAAUAACCCGUAUAGUCAGCUUCUGAAGACCAUUGAAAUUGAUGGAAAGCAGUUCAAGUAUUACGAUGUUACGGGGCUCGGAGAGAAAUACGAUCGCCUGCCCUACUCCAUUCGCGUACUCCUGGAGUCAUGCGUGAGGAAUUGCGACAACUUCCAAGUGCUGGAGAAGGAUGUGAACAACGUUCUGGAGUGGGAGACUAAGCAGGCGUCUGAGGAUGCUGUCGAAAUCGCCUUUAAGCCGGCCAGGGUUAUUCUGCAGGAUCUGACAGGAGUACCAGCGGUCGUAGACUUCGCGGCCAUGCGUGAUGCUGUAAAGGAACUGGGAGGAGACCCUCAGAAGAUCAACCCUAUAUGCCCAGCUGAUUUAGUCAUUGAUCACUCGGUGCAAGUGGAUUUUGCUAGGAGCCCAGAUGCCCUCAACAAGAACCAAGAGCUGGAGUUCGAGAGGAACAAGGAGCGGUUCCAGUUCCUCAAGUGGGGGGCGCAGGCGUUCGACAACAUGCUCAUUGUGCCGCCCGGCUCUGGUAUUGUGCACCAGGUAAACUUGGAAUACCUAGCUCGCGUAGUCUUCAGCUCGGGUCUGCUACACCCUGAUUCAGUUGUCGGAACAGACAGUCAUACUACCAUGAUAAACGGGCUUGGCGUCGUCGGUUGGGGGGUUGGAGGAAUCGAAGCGGAAGCCGUGAUGUUAGGUCAAGCGAUCAGCAUGUUACUACCGAAAGUCGUUGGCUACAAGUUAGUGGGAGAGCUGAACCCGCUAGCGACUUCCACUGAUACCGUCCUCACUAUAACUAAGCAUCUCCGCUCCCUAGGCGUGGUGGGUAAAUUCGUAGAAUUCUUCGGUCCCGGCGUCUCAGCGCUGAGCAUCGCCGACCGAGCGACCAUCGCCAACAUGUGUCCCGAGUUCGGUGCCACGGUCGCGCACUUCCCCGUCGACGAGCGGUCCCUGCAGUAUCUGAGGCAGACUAACCGUUCAGAUGACAAGAUUGCCAUCAUUGAAGCCUACCUUCGUGCCACCAAGCAGUUCCGUGAUUACACGAACCCUGAACAGGAUCCUGUGUUCUCUGAGGUGGUAGAACUAGACCUGUCGACCGUAGUGACAUCUGUGAGCGGUCCGAAACGGCCGCAGGACCGAGUGUCCGUCUCCGUCAUGAAGAAGGACUUCCAAGAAUGUUUGACCAACAAGGUCGGCUUCAAAGGCUACGGCAUAUCACCAGCGAACCUCUCAGCAUCCGGCAGCUUCAGCUACAGCGACGGCAAAACGUACAGUAUCACGCACGGCUCAGUCAUCAUAGCCGCCAUCACCUCCUGCACCAAUACCUCGAACCCCAGCGUUAUGCUGGGAGCUGGUCUCCUAGCUAAGAAGGCGGUUGAGAACGGUCUAAGCGUGCUCCCGUACAUCAAGACUUCGUUAUCACCAGGGUCGGGAGUCGUUACUUACUAUCUUAGGGAAUCAGGCGUGGUCCCGUACCUAGAGAAGCUAGGUUUUGACAUCGUCGGCUACGGCUGUAUGACGUGUAUCGGCAACUCGGGACCUAUUGACGAUAAUAUCGCUAAUACUAUUGAGAAGAACGAGCUAGUCUGCUGCGGCGUCCUCUCAGGCAACCGUAACUUCGAGGGUAGAAUACACCCGAACACACGAGCCAACUACCUCGCCUCGCCGCUACUUGUCAUCGCAUACGCGCUCGCCGGCACUGUCGACAUUGACUUUGAAACACAGCCUAUUGGCCACAGACCAGAUGGUACUCCCGUCUAUCUUCGCGAGAUCUGGCCGACCAGAGCCGAGAUACAGGAGGUGGAGAACAAACACGUCAUCCCCGGCAUGUUUAAGGAGGUAUACGCUAAAAUCGAGCAAGGUUCACCCUCAUGGCAGGCGCUUUCAGUGCCGCAGGGCAAACUGUACGGAUGGGACCCCAACUCCACUUAUAUCAAGAGACCUCCGUUCUUUGAUGGGAUGACCAGGGAACUAAAACCAAUCAAGAGCAUACAAAACGCCCGUUGCCUCCUACUCCUGGGUGACUCAGUCACCACGGAUCACAUCUCGCCAGCCGGUUCUAUCGCCAGAAACUGUCCUGCUGCCAGAUUCCUGGCUGAUAAAGGUCUAACCCCCCGAGAAUUCAACUCAUACGGCUCCCGCCGAGGCAACGACGCGAUCAUGUCCCGCGGAACGUUCGCGAACAUUCGGCUCGUGAACAAGAUGUCUCCCACCGCCGGGCCCCGCACUACACACCAGCCCAGCGGAGACGUCAUGGAUAUAUUCGACGCCGCGCACAGAUAUGCUACAGAAGGCGUACCCCUAAUUGCCGUGGUCGGUAAAGACUACGGUUCAGGAUCCAGUCGUGAUUGGGCUGCUAAGGGACCUUAUCUAUUGGGUAUUCGCGCAGUAAUAGCAGAAUCAUUCGAGCGUAUCCACAGGGCAAACCUAGUAGGCAUGGGCAUCAUCCCGCUGCAGUUCUUGCCCGGGCAGUCCGCCGACUCGUUCGCACUGGACGGCUCCGAGCAGUACAGUGUUCACGUGCCGGAGAACAUCGCCCCGGGGGACCUGUUGACUGUGCAGGUGAGCAACGGACAGACAUUCCAAGUUAAGGUGCGUUUCGAUACCGAAGUGGAUCUAACCUACUUCAAAAACGGUGGUAUUCUCAACUACAUGAUCAGAAAGAUGCUGUAAAUUGUGUAUACAGAUAUAUGUAUAGAUUAGAAAUAUAGAUAGAUGAUGAAACACUUUGUUUCUUAAAAUAUUGAGAACAAAAAUUUUUGUAGGUGCUUGCUUACCGCGGUCAGUGUUGUGAUGGGUGACCUUUUUCUAAAAAUUAUGUCAAAUAACUUUGUCUCUCUAAUUUGACAGAUGUUGACACUCUGUUUAUUGAAAUGUUAAAUAAUAAUAAAAAAAUAAUAGGUGCUUACCGCAGUCUAUGAAAUGAUGGGUGACCGUUUUCAAAAAGUUCGUCAAAUAACUUUGUUUCUCUGAUAUGACAGAUAACAACACUAUUAAAAUAUUUAAAACAAUACAUAGGUGCUUACCGCAGUCUCCGUAAUGAUGGGUAACCGUUUUCAAAAAAGGUGCUUACCGCAGUCUUCGUAAUGAUGGGUGACCGUUUUCAAAAAAGGUGCUUACCGCGGUCCCUCCGAUGAUGGGUAAGCGUUUUCAAAAAAGGUGCUUACCGCGGUCAGUGCAAUGGUGGGUGACCGUAUUCAAAAUAGGUGCUUACCGCGGUCUCCGAUGAUGGGUAACGGUUUUCGAAAAAGGUGUUUACCGCGGUCUGUAUCCUCAGACAUUCGUUUAUUUUUGUGUAUAAUAUUUUAAUAAACAAAGUUUAUAUAAGGUUGUUUUAAUACAAUAAAAAUGGUAUGCUUGUAUUUAUAAUUAAGAGACCAAUUUUCUAAAUAUCAUUUGAUUAAUGGAUUUGAACAAAAUGACUAGCGGAGAUGUCAUAACGCAAAAUCUCCUAAGAGAGUAGCGCGACAACAUGCGGGGCGAGGGACGAGGAACGUUACUAUACCCUAUUCGCGGAGCCAUGAGCCAAAAGGUAAACAAACCAUAAAAAGGGUCCUUUAUAAGUCUCGAUUUAAGUAAUGUACAUCUAUAAUAUAAAAAUGAAUCGCAAAAUGUGUUGGUAAGCGCAUAACUCAACAACGCCUGGACCAAUUUGGCUAAUUCUUUUUUUGUUGUUUGUUAUUGUCAGGAGAAGGUUCUUGUGAAAAAAAAAAUAGGGUAAAGUAGAGAAGUCAGUUGACGGGAGCGAAGCCGCGGGCAAAAGCUAGUGUUUUAUAAAAAUAACUACGAAAGUAAUACACUGACAACAUUAGAAAUGAUAUUUUAGAACGAUGUCUGUAGAACUUUUUAUCCUUUCAGACUUAUUUGAAAUCAAAUAUUAUAAAUUAAUGUCGUAAAUUACUUUCUUAAUUUUAAUUAAAUAAAAGAACCUAAAAGACUUGACUGUCAAAAUUGGAACCCUACUAAAUUGUAGACCACAGAUACUGCGAACAUUUUACAUAAAAAUGUGACGUUUUGUCAUCGGUCGGGUUAUACCCGCCAUCUUGAAAAAGUGUCAUUCUUUGUUCACAUUUUGGCUCAUGGCUCCGUGAAUAGGCUAUAACUCCGCCCAUUAUUUUCAAAAUAAAAUCACCAAUCAAUCAAGACCAAUCUUUGACAGAUUGGUUUUGGUUUGACAAGGAACCCGAACGCCUCGUUAGUUCUAGUAACUGAUCACGUCUACCGUACGUUGCUUGAGCUACAAGAAGGCGCCUGACCUACCUGCCUUAUGGCAUCUCCGCUAUGUUUCCUUCGUCCGAGAAAAAUGUAUUAUCCAUUAAUAAAAUGAUAUUUCUUCAAAUAAGUAUGUAAGUCGGUUUAAGGGUAUUUUUUUUUGUAAUUUAUUUACAUUUUUAUUAUUUUAUAGUUAUCAAGGGUUUUUAUAAAGAACUUAUUAUAAGAGAAA